GACACAGCACACCUUCAGAUGGAGAUGAAGUAGCAGCGGCAGUCGAGCGACACAGAGAGAGCAGCGUCUGAACCGCGGAUCCGGAGGUUUUCUUCACUUGGGGGGGGACAGGUGACCGACCGCUCCCGCGUCCUUCGGUGGAAAUUACUGCUGGUACACCUUCCGGGCACGCGCACCCUCCGAUUCCCACAAUAGAUGUGACUGAACUACAUUUCGAUCUGAUCAUCUAAGCCCGGCACACCAACAUGGAAAAUGCGCACACUAAAUCGGCGACUGAAGUUUUAGACAACUUCGGUGUGAACGAAAACACUGGGCUGACUCUCGAACAGGUCAAAACCAACCUGGAGAAAUAUGGACCGAACGAGCUCCCAGCUGAAGAAGGCAAGUCCCUGUGGGAGUUGGUGGUGGAGCAGUUUGAAGACCUCUUGGUGAGGAUCCUGCUGCUGGCUGCCUGCGUCUCCUUUGUGUUGGCUCUGUUUGAAGAAGGAGAGGAGACAACCACCGCCUUCGUAGAGCCGAUUGUUAUUCUUCUUAUCCUCAUCGCCAAUGCUGUUAUUGGGGUCUGGCAGGAACGGAAUGCCGAGAAUGCCAUUGAGGCUCUGAAGGAGUACGAACCUGAGAUGGGAAAGGUGUAUCGCAUGAACCGCAAGGCGGUCCAGAGGAUCAAAGCCAGAGACAUCGUCCCAGGAGAUAUAGUGGAGGUGGCAGUUGGUGACAAGGUGCCCGCUGACAUCAGAGUGACCUCGAUAAAGUCCACCACCCUGCGCGUGGACCAGUCCAUUCUCACAGGAGAGUCUGUCUCUGUCAUCAAACACACCGACCCUGUUCCUGACCCUCGAGCCGUCAACCAGGACAAAAAGAACAUGUUGUUUUCUGGCACAAACAUUGCUGCCGGUCGUGCCAUAGGUGUCGUCGUUGCUACGGGUGUCUCGACAGAGAUCGGGAAGAUCCGUAAUCAGAUGGCGUCGACGGAGCAAGAGAAGACACCGCUGCAGCAGAAGCUGGACGAGUUUGGCCAGCAGCUCUCAAAGGUCAUCUCCCUGAUCUGCGUGGCUGUGUGGGUCAUCAACAUCGGCCACUUCGGAGACCCGGUCCACGGGGGCUCCUGGGUUCGAGGGGCCAUCUAUUACUUUAAAAUUGCCGUGGCCCUGGCAGUGGCCGCCAUCCCCGAGGGCCUGCCGGCCGUCAUCACAACCUGCCUGGCCCUCGGCACGCGUCGCAUGGCCAAGAAGAACGCCAUCGUCCGGAGCCUGCCGUCUGUGGAGACCCUGGGCUGUACCUCCGUUAUCUGUUCUGACAAGACGGGCACCCUCACCACCAACCAGAUGUCUGUGUGCAGAAUGUUCAUCCUAGACAAGGUGGAGGACUCCAGCUGCACCCUGCACGAGUUCUCUAUAACUGGUUCUACGUAUGCCCCCGAGGGACAAAUACUCAAAGACAACAAGCCUGUCCAGUGUGGAGACUAUGAUGGACUUGUGGAGUUGGCCACCGUGUGCUCGAUGUGCAAUGAUUCUUCACUGGACUAUAACGAGGCCAAAGGGGUUUAUGAGAAGGUGGGCGAGGCCACAGAAACGGCUCUCACCACCUUGGUCGAGAAGAUGAAUGUCUUCAAGACGGAUCUGUUUGGACUCACCAAGGUGGAGCGUGCCGGUGCCUGCAACUCAGUUAUCAAACAGUUGAUGAAGAAGGAGUUCACCCUGGAGUUCUCUCGUGACCGCAAGUCCAUGUCUGUCUACUGCACCCCUGUCAAGCCUGGGUCCCAGAGCAAGAUGUUCAUCAAGGGUGCGCCCGAGAGCGUGAUAGAGCGGUGCGAGUACGUACGGGUGGGAAACAGAAAGGUGACGCUGACACCAGCCGUGCGCGACCAGCUCAUGUCUAAGAUCAGAGAAUGGGGGACGGGCAAGGACACCUUGCGCUGCCUGGCGCUGGCUACGCACGAUACUCCGCCACGCAAGGAAAACAUGGAGCUGGAGAAUUCCAGCAAGUUUGCAGAAUAUGAGCUGGGGCUCACAUUUGUUGGCUGUGUGGGCAUGCUCGACCCACCCAGGAAGGAAGUGAUCGGUUCAGUGAAACUGUGCAACGAGGCAGGUAUCCGUGUUAUCAUGAUCACAGGGGACAACAAGGGCACGGCCGUGGCCAUCUGCAGACGGAUUGGCAUCUUUGGAGAGGACGAGGACGUGACGGGAAAGGCCUAUACAGGCCGCGAGUUUGACGAUCUGCCGCAGGAGGCGCAGAGAGAAGCCGUCAAACGGGCACGGUGCUUUGCCCGCGUUGAGCCGGCUCACAAGUCCAAGAUUGUCGGAUACCUGCAGUCGUUUGACGAGAUUACAGCCAUGACAGGUGAUGGUGUGAACGAUGCCCCGGCCUUGAAGAAGGCAGAGAUCGGCAUCGCCAUGGGAUCCGGUACAGCUGUGGCAAAGUCAGCGUCUGAGAUGGUGCUGUCUGACGACAACUUCUCCACCAUCGUAGCUGCUGUGGAGGAGGGCAGAGCCAUCUACAACAAUAUGAAGCAGUUCAUCAGAUACCUCAUCUCCUCAAACGUGGGAGAAGUCGUGUGCAUCUUCCUGACAGCCAUCCUGGGUCUGCCUGAGGCUUUGAUUCCAGUCCAGCUGCUGUGGGUUAACCUGGUGACCGAUGGCCUGCCUGCCACCGCCCUGGGAUUCAACCCCCCAGAUUUGGACAUCAUGGAUAAACCACCCCGCAACCCUAAGGAGCCACUCAUCUCUGGCUGGCUCUUCUUUAGAUACCUGGCCAUUGGAGGAUAUGUGGGUCUGGGGACAGUGAGUGCAGCCACAUGGUGGUACCUGUUUGAUGAGGAGGGCCCACAAGUGUCUUUCUAUCAGCUGCGACAUUUCAUGCAGUGCACUGAGGACAACCCCAUGUUCAAAGAAAUAGACUGCGAGGUGUUUGAAUCUCGCUACCCCACAACCAUGGCGCUGUCUGUGCUGGUCACCAUCGAAAUGUUCAACGCGCUCAACAGUUUGUCUGAGAACCAGUCCCUGCUCAGGAUGCCUCCCUGGGUCAAUAUUUGGUUGCUGGGAGCAAUCAUCCUCUCCCUCUCCCUCCACUUCUUAAUCCUCUACGUCGAGCCUCUGCCACUCAUCUUCCAGGUGACCCCUCUGCGUUGGUCCCAGUGGACUGUGGUCCUGAAGAUUUCCUUCCCAGUCAUCCUACUGGAUGAGGCUUUGAAAUAUUUAUCCAGGAACCAUCUGGAAGCCUAAACUCUUUUAAUCUCACCUUCUGUAAAAAGGUGAUGAGGAGAAGAAGUAUCGGAGGAGAUGGCAGCUGAACUAAGACCUCUCCCUCAACACACUCACACAGUUAGACACACAGCUACCCUCUUCCCAUUUUUGAGCUAGGAAACGUUUCUCUCCCCUGCCCUCGUCCCCCACUUCUGCAUGUCCAACAAACCACCAUUAGAAAUGAGGGGUGGCUUGCAUGAGAAUGAGUGUGUGAGAAAGCGAGAGCGCUUGUGCUCCUGCAAGCAUGGCUUUGUGUGUGUGUGUGUGUGUGUGUGUGUGUGUGUGUGUGUGUGUGUGUGUGUGUGUGUGGGAGGACACAGACGGAUGCAGACCUGUCUUUAUAGUUGCAAGAGCAAGAAACAACUGCAGAAAAGAAAAAUACAACUGCCCAGGGCUCUGCUUUUUAAAGGUUUCUGCUCAUUUUUUUGUUGUCUGUACAGUACAAACAUAGUGGUUGACUUC